AUGCUCAACGGUUUGUAUGGCUACUUUUUUGGCAGUGAGCACAUCAGUGGUAUUGAUGCUAAGGAGAAUGUUUCCGUGAUGAAAAACUCGAUCGAGUUGCUAGCCGAUUCUCGCACGUUUACUUUGAAUAAAAAUUUGGAAAACAAGGAAGAUGACUGGAUUUUUCUUGACGAACCCGAUCUCAUAGCUAUUGACGAUGAUGAUACUUUGGCUGUAACAAAUGUAUGUGCACGAUCAACGUCUUCGGUAUGGAGCACUACACCGCUUCACGCUAACCCUGAUCACUCUGUGAAAUUCAACUGCACAGCUUGUUUCAAAGCAUGUGGAGGUUCACCAUGUCCUCGUAAUCCUGAAGUUCAAAAGAAAGAUACAGGGAAACAAGCAAGAGAAAACGCUUUAAAACAGAAAGAGUUGGAGCGACAACUAUUCGGAAAACAUUUGUCAUGCGUGAAUGAUGCAUCAGAAAGAAAAGCAAACACUGCUGCUAACAACAGCUCUGGCAAAUUUUAUGAUGCAGCACUAAAUAAACUCAACACUGGUGCCAAACUGAAGAGAUCCACAGCAGCUGGUCACUUUGCAUCUGAUUCAAAGACCAAACAGCGCUCAAAGAAAAGUAGUCGUUUGUUGGUCGGUAGAAAUAACGAUCGUAAAGUGAAUAGCUCAAAUUAA